GUUGAAUGUCUGCCAUUAACGCGCCUCUUGACUUUUUUCCCCCGACCUCUUCACAUCCGUAAAACCUACUGACUUUUGUACUACACGUUGUAUGUGAACAAGACAUUUCCGAGGAAGAUGGUGGCAGAAAAGGAGACCCUAACCAAACGCCCCGAAAAGAUGCCGAAGAAGAGGACCAAGCUGCUGGCACAACAGCCGCUCCCGGGGCACCAGCCACACACCCUGGUUUCAGAGGGCUUCACAGUCAAAGCCAUGAUGAAAAACUCAGUCGUGAGAGGCCCCCCGGCUGCAGGGGCAUUUAAAGAAAGACCAACGAAGCCCACAGCUUUUCGAAAAUUUUAUGAGCGUGGAGACUUCCCAAUUGCCCUUGAGCAUGAUUCAAAAGGCAACAAAAUAGCGUGGAAGGUGGAAAUCGAGAAGCUGGACUACCACCACUACCUGCCCCUGUUUUUUGACGGGCUCUGCGAGAUGACGUUUCCCUACGAGUUCUUCGCCCGGCAGGGCGUCCAUGACAUGCUGGAGCACGGCGGCAACAAGGUCCUCCCUGUCAUCCCGCAGCUCAUCAUCCCGAUGAAGAAUGCUUUGAACCUCCGAAACCGGCAGGUCAUGUGUGUCACCCUCAAAGUCCUCCAGCACCUGGUGGUGUCCGCUGAGAUGGUGGGCGAGGCCCUGGUGCCCUACUACCGCCAGAUCCUCCCCAUCCUGAACAUCUUCAAGAACAUGAACGUGAACUCCGGGGACGGCAUCGAGUACAGCCAGCAGCGGAGGGAGAACGUGGGCGACCUGAUCCAGGAGACGCUCGGGGCCCUGGAGCGCCACGGCGGAGAGGACGCCUUCAUCAACAUCAAGUACAUGGUCCCCACCUACGAGUCCUGCUUGCUGAACUGA